GUGUCGAGGGAGGUGGGGGUCCCAGGACGACCGGCCGAGCUCAUUCAGAGCGGGCCCGAGGCCCUGGGUCCCGGCUCGAACCGGGGCGAGAGGCGGUGACGAGCCGCUCCAAAACCCGGCUGUGGUAACUCCGGAGACGCGUGCGACCUUGCUCUCGCGCAGACUGGAGGUUUAUUCCGCAAUAUAAACAUUGUCGAACCACCAUCAUCAUCGUUCUGCGCCAUGCGGCAUCAAUCCCCGCUGGUCGUGGGCAUCCUGGGUGUGGAAGGGGUCCUGCUGGGCCUGAUGACGCCGCUCGUGGAUUCCGCGAGACCCCUCGCCUCGUGGCUCCUGCUAUUGGUCUCGUACUUCAUGGUGCUGUUCCUCGCCUCUUCGGUGUACACGUUGCUCACCUCUUGGUGUCUCCACGUCGCCCUGCUCACACGGCUCACGUGGCUCCUCGUCCCGUGGCCCCUGGUGCUGGUGCCGGUGGGUGCCUUGCUGGGGCUCGUGGCCCUGGUGGCGCUGCUGGCCUUCGUGGUGACAUACCGCCACCUCCGCCACCACCACCACAAUAACCCCGUGGGCCCCGCACUGCUGCUGGUGACAGCGCAUCCAGAUGACGAGUGCCUCUUCUUCUCGCCGGCGAUACAGCGGCUGCGACACUCCAGCAGAGCCGCGCACCUCCUCUGCCUCUCCACGGGAAACUUUUACAACCAGGGAAACUUGCGUGAGAAGGAGCUGCGAGAGAGCUGCCAGGUCCUGGGCAUUCCAAACUCCCGGGUCACGGUCGUGGAUCGCAGCGAGCUGCCGGACGAUCCACAGGUGACCUGGGACAGUAGCCUGGUGGCUGACAUCAUACUGCAGCAUGUGGAGAAGCACAACAUCGGCUUGGUGCUGACGUUUGACGCGGAAGGAGUGAGUGGACAUGCCAACCACAUCUCCGUUUACCACGCACUCAGGAAUCUGCAGUCUGAGAAGAGACUUCCUCCAGGCUGCCGCACACUGUACCUGCAGAGCGUCUCACUGCUGAGGAAGUAUGUCUCCAUCAUGGACCUGCCCCUCAGCGUGCUGCGGUCACAGGCACUCGUUUGUCUCGCUUCUCUGGACGAGUACGAGAUAGGCCUGCAGGCGAUGAAACGCCAUCGCAGCCAACUGGUGUGGUUUCGCUACCUCUACAUUGUCUUCUCUCGGUACAUGCUCAUCAACACCUUCUCCGAAGAUGGUUUGUGAACUCCGAUACAAGUUACGCCCCCAAAUCUAAGAGAAAUAAGAUCUAUAAUUAAGGUGGGGCAAUUGGAUUACAAGGUGUUGGCAGGUGAAAUGCAGUGAAACAUCUAAAUUUUAUUUUCCAACCUUUAAUAUUGAAAAGUAUUAGCCUUUGGUGGGUGUCUGGCAAAUGUCUUCGCAGUACAACAUAGUUGGGUCCUGCCACUGCUGCUGCGGUAUUAAAAUAAUUGCCUGAGUGCCGCACACAGACACGUCACGACCUGCCAGCAGAUCACACUAGUCUUCCAAUCACUGUCAAACGACUCAAAACAUUACACUUGAGGUCAGAAAACUUGUAGAACAAGGUUUGCAAUUGUUUAUUUUUGUAAUGUAAUUAGUGUUGGCACUGAAAGCCGGCAUUGCAGGAAAAACAUAACUGUAAUUUUCUGUAACCAUCAUUGCGUGUGAUAUAUAACCACACACAAAACAAAUAUUUGACAUUUUUGCAAAAGGGGCCAAGGCGAGUGGAAUGACAAGUUGAGACAAUUGAUAUUUAAAAUUAUGUUGCCUUUUAUGCACUGAUUGCUCAGGACUACAUCCAAAGCCAUAGCGGUAUGCAAGACGGUGACUUCAUUUUGUUGUUUGCACAUCAAGCUGGGGGCACUUAAUAAUAACUUGCACUUACUAGGUGCCUUUCACAAAAAAGUCUGAAGGUGCCGUGUAUGAAAGGAUGACAUUUUUUUAAAGAGAGAACUGGGUGGCACAAUUAUAGCCAGAGGACCAAAACUCUGGAAAACCUUUUUUAAACGUAUAGCUUUUGAGUCGUGAUUUAGAGAUGCCAAAACACAUCGAGAGCCUCAUCACCAUGGUAGGGAGUUCCACAACUGGGGGUGCACCACCGUAACCGCCCGACCACCCGAAGAGCAUUACCAAGAUCGAGGUAUGCGGAAGCACCUUGUGUGAAUGUCGUCACACCUCGGGCUCUGCACAGCUGAUCAUUCACUCCUGGGAUCUGCGACGGAUGUCUUCGUGCUCAGUCAUGGACUUCUCCCACUCCUGCCCAUCGAAUACCUCCACGGAGACACCGUCUACCGUCCCAGAGUCCAGACAGUGGGGCAUCACACCUGCCAAACACAAGUGGGAAACGCCUUUGGGUUCCUCAUGCACGCUGCUGCCUCUCAUGUCGCGUUCCCAUGACUCCUUAGCCCAGGAGGAGUCGACGGCCGUUCGUGCACGGCUGGGAUGUUGUCGCCUCACGCUCCGUCAUUCACGUGGCUCCGUGGGUUCAGGCCCUAUUCCCCCUCGGGUAUCCUUUGUGGUCAAAGGGAAGCAAUUUUAAACUUGAAUGCAAGUUUGGAUUAGGUUAGGAUAUCCCAAGGUAAAAUGUACAUUUGUUAUUUUCAGCCCCUCUGUAUUAAAAUAAAAACACAGUCCUUGUGUUGAGCCAAAGUGAAGCGACAACAUUGCAUGCGCUUCUCUCUACCGUGUCGACCCCAUUAUGUCACAAGUCCCAAAAGUGGCCGGAAUAAUAGCACCCACCAUGCUCUACAAAAACACAGUUUUAACCAGCUCGAUGCCGAAUUGGCCCGGUGAGGUUGCUGUGGGAAGCUCGGCUGAGCUCACCUGCUCCCCCGCUCGCACACUGGGCCAUCUCACUUCCCAGUGGCUGAAGGAAGGCGGCAUCGGUGCUUCGCAGCUAAAACCGCAGGUUUCCCAGGCACAGCAACAGGUGACACCUCAUGCCCUCUUACCAAAGCCGUCCGGGUUGGAGCGUGGCGUGUAGAAGCUCUGCACCCCGCACGUCUUGCAGAAGGUGUGCUUCGCUGCGUGCGUGUUGAAUGUGUACGUUGUGAGGUUCUCGGCUCCCUGUUGUAAAAAAACAGCGCAGCGGCGAUUAACAAGUAAUUUGUCAGUGUGGUGAAAGUGGGAGUCAAUUUGCAAGUGGAGCAAUAUCAUUAGACAUGUAAUGACCUCCCCUCUUUCAUUAAUGCAGUUAAUUGUACCCAUCCGCAGUAAUGAGAUUAAUAAAUAAUCACAUUCCUA